CUUGCAGCGUUAGCUGGCGGACAAACAAACUUGCUUAUCCACUGGUUCAUCGCGCGUUUUUGUUGUCCAUAUUUUACGCUUUGAUUCAGCUCAAAUAGGUAGCGUUUAGGCAGCGUUAAUGUUUUAGCGACGAACAUUACAGUAAAACUCAAGUAUUGGCUAACCAUUUGCGAAUAUUAGCUUAGCCCAGCGUAAGCUAGUUAGCUUAGCCACCACGCUAAAUUCUGAAGCAUUUUGUUUUCUGCAUUUCGCGUUAACGGAUUUGAAAACGACUUCAAAAGCUUAAAUAUGUCGGCGGAGUAUGAUUUUGGCGACGACUCGGGCCUGAAGGGGAUGGAGCAGGAUGCAGGUGGGACCAUGGACGAUCCCAUGAACGCGGUCGGUGAUUCGGGCUUUAUGGGCGCGGAGGCCGAAGGAUCCAAAAUCGACGCCAGCAAAAACGAAGAGGACGAAGGGAAGAUGUUUGUUGGAGGACUCAGCUGGGACACGACCAAAAAAGACCUGAAGGAUUACUUCUCCAAGUUUGGGGAGGUUGUAGACUGUACAUUAAAGCUGGAUCCUAUGACCGGCCGUUCAAGAGGCUUUGGCUUUGUGCUCUUUAAAGAUUCUGAAAGUGUUGAAAAGGUUGCCUCACAGAAGGAGCACAAACUCAAUGGAAAAGUAAUUGAUCCCAAAAAAGCCAAGGCCAUGAAGAGCAAGGAGCAAGUGAAGAAGAUAUUUAUCGGUGGUCUCUCUCCAGAUACACCCGAGGACAAAGUCAAAGAGUACUUCAGUACCUUUGGAGAGGUGGAAUCCAUUGAACUUCCUGUGGAGAACAAAACUAACAAGAGGAGGGGCUUUGGCUUCAUCACGUUCAAGGAGGAGGAACCAGUGAAGAAAAUCAUGGAGAAAAAGUAUCACGGCAUUGGGCUAAGCAAGUGUGAAGUAAAGGUGGCCAUGUCCAAGGAGCAGUACCAGCAGCAGCAGUACUGGGGAGGUAGAGGAGGAUACUCGCCCAGAUCUCGAGGAAGAGGUGGAGGGCCCAAUCAAAGUUACAGCCAAGGUUAUAGUGGCUACUGGAAUCAAGGCUACGGGAAUUAUGGGAAUUAUGGAUACGGUAAUCAAGGAUAUGGAGGAUAUGGUGGCUAUGAUUACUCUAAUUACAACAGCUAUUACGGAUAUGGCGACUAUAACAAUCAGUCUGGUGGUUAUGGAAAGUUUCCAAGACGAGGUGGUCACCAGACCAGUUAUAAGCCGUAUUGAUGGGAGAAGCCCACAGACUCAACGGAGCUUCCUUGCAGGCCAUGAGCUGACUCCCAGAUACUCUCAGGGCCCGCUCAAUGCGGACCGGGUACGAGAAGCAUACGCUCUCGAAUGCUGCCAUUUGGUAUGGUCUUCCAACAUCCUGUAUCAGCAUUUCUAAACUAAACAAUAUGGGACACGUCCAGCUUUGUCAUCUCUUUUCAUUUUACUUUGUAUGCAAAUGUUUUAAUGUAAAAAUUAAAAUAAAUACAUGUAAUUGCCAUUUUUUACAGGCCCACAAGUAAUGGUUAUAAAUAUGAAAUAACUGUUUGUUUUUCAAAGGAUACAUACAGCAUUCUCUGGACUUUCCAGUUCCCAUUGUUAAUAUUCCUAAUCUUAUCUGAAAUGCUUGUUUUUUUUAGCAGACAUAGCCACUAGUCCAUGAGCUAAAACCUGCUUUGUGUUUGAGUGCUACUGUGUUGGGAGGGAAAAGUACAUUACUUUGUGUACCUAUAUUAUUCUGUUUUUCUGUUACCGACAGCGAUGGAAAAGACUCUUCUUUUUAAGUGUUGUUAAUUUUCCUGUAACAACUUUUCCUUACGUAUGUAAAACAUGAGUAAAGUGAACAGUUCCAGAAAUUUGCAUGUAAUGUUUUCUUUAACGUGUAUUUUUGAUCAAUUGAAGGUUUCUUCUAUUCCACAUUUUGACAUUGACUUCGAUUUAUUGCACUUCAGGAUUUCUAGCUUAUGGACUAACAUCUCAAAAAACUGUAAACCUGUUAAAAUAAGUGUUCUGAGCUUGUUUUGUCAGUUGUUUUUAACAUUUGACUUUAUAAA